UCGCUACGUUCCUGAGGGUCUUCCAGGCGACCUAAGACGAUCGCCGGCUACUUGCAUCGGCUGUUUGACCGCUCGUAUUUCCACGGUAUUCGCACGAUAUCCGCAUUGUCGAGUUCAAAAACUUGGUUCACUCUGCAUCAUCAGCAUUCUGCUCCUCCAAGUUUCUUCAAGUUUUCGAAAACGGUGAAACCAGAAUCAAGUUUUAUCAAGGACAGUAGGAUAUUUUGCGAGGAAGUUCAAUGCCUGCAGUGGACAAAGAUAAACGAUGACAUGUCGAGUGGAGAGGAUAAUUUUAUUCAUUAUCAUCUUAUGGCAAAACGCCGACGCGAGCAGAAACAUGAACAUCUCCGCAGAUGAAGGAGAGAAGAAACCGUCCGAGAGAAACAAAUACAUUUAUUCCUGGACAGGGCCAAAUGCGUUGGCCAGGUCGGUCUUGGUGGAGCGACAGGAAAGGUUGCAAUAUAGUUGUGAGCUCGAAAGUAACGAGGUCAACGUCGGCGCGUUCAAUCCAGAGUCGUUUAGAAAUAUCCUCGUGGACGACUUGCAUGAAUUGCUCUACUGUUACGUUCCCAAGGUUGCUUGCACAAAUUGGAAGCGCGUGUUAAUGAUCGUGACGGGAAAAUGGGCCGGCAACGAUCCUUUAGAAAUACCAGCCGACCAAGCUCAUUCUCCGGGCACCUUUCAACGAUUGAGUAAUUACACGCUGCCAGACAUAGAGAAGAAGUUGGCGACGUACGAUAAGCUGAUUGUUGUGCGACAUCCUUUGGAGAGACUUCUGUCGGCCUAUCGGAAUAAGCUGGAGCCUAAGCAUGAGAAAAGUGCAAAAUACUUCCAAAGCCGUUUCGGCAAGAAAAUCAUCAAGAAAUAUAGACAAAAUGCAACCUUGGAAUCCUUGAAGAAUGGUGAUGACGUGACAUUUCGAGAGUUUGUUGACUUUGUGACUGACGACUCCGAGAAUGGAACACGUAAUGAACAUUGGAGACCGAUAAACGAGUUGUGCCAGCCAUGUGUAGUUAAUUAUAAUCUCGUGAGCAAGUAUGAGAGUUUGGUCGAGGACGCCACGGAAAUUCUUGAACGGAUAGGCGUUACGUCUGUUAGUUUCCCAACUAAGCCGCCCAGCAGCGAACCGACAUCGAGAAAACUGGACAAGUACUACUCCACUUUAAGCUACAAGCAGCUUCGUAAGCUGGCGGAUCUGUACAAACUGGAUUUAAGACUGUUUGACUACUCGCUGGAAGAUGUGUUAGGAUUUUCCUUGGCUUAAACCACAUACUCGUGUUGGUAUUAACGGGAAUAGAUAGACGCGAUACGGAUGUGCUAAUGGGAGAUUUUUUAUCUAUCUCAAACCGAUGUGAUAUAAACAAACCAGACAGAAUUCACAAUGAAUAAUUAUCAUUGCAUUUUUCAUAAAUUUAUAUAUAAACUAAUCGAGAUUUCGACAGAUGAUAAUUUCUUGAAGAGCGUUUUGAAGGGGAUUUUAUUAUAGUUCAUACAAAUGAAGCUCUUUUGUACUACCUCGUAUUUUUUAUAGCAAUAUGUAUAAAAUGAUUUUAUAUAUACAUUACUGAUCGAUAUUAAUAUAAUUUUACGUACAUGCUGAUACAUUUUAUUUAUUUACGUACGUUAAAAUAUAUUUUAAUUUUAUAUGUAUAUAUAAAGUCAUGAUAAAUUAACUUUACUAGCUCAGUAUGUAUAAGCGAUCAAAAUUAAGAUAUAAAACUGCACAAACUAGCCCAUAAAGAUAUAAAUUAUUUCGUAAAAUUUGACGGGAUAGACAUAAUGAUGUCCAACCUGUGAUUUAAUAUACAUAUAUAUUAAAUAUGCAUUAAAUAAAAAUAUGCAGAUAUAUUUAAUAUUAUGUACGUAUUUAAUCUGUACUUAUCUCGCGAUACAUAUUAAAUACGCAUAUUUUAGUCCUCAUUUUCUUAUAGUUCGAAAUAAUGAUGCAUAAAAUUUGUUUUGCAUUAAUUUUAGUUUAGUUAGAACGUUAUCAUUUCCUCAAUAUUUACAUAAUAUUUUUAAUAUUUACAAGUAUGUAAUUAUAUCAAAAAACUCUUUAUUUUUUAAAUUAUUCUGUUUUAAAUGUAUAUUGGAAUUUUGUGUCGAGAGUAUUUAAAGAUAUUAAAGCGAAAUUAUAAAAGAACUUGCUUUGCUAAGAAAGAACAAUUGGUUUAUUGUUAAUUGUACAUAUAAAAAACGUAUAAAAUAUAUGCAACAUAAAAUGUAAUACGAAACAUACGUCGCAAGUUUUAUGUGACGCGUGAGUGUCGUUAAUUAAACCGUAAUAAAAGUUUCGCUUUACUAUUUUCGUAACGUGAAUCGUGUCAUAUCAUGUCCAAAGUUAUAGCUUUGAAUGCAGCCAUAUUCGCGUGCCUAUGUAACAGUAUUACAUGCAAGAACAAAUUUAUUACGUACAUUCUCGCUAUCGAAAGUUCAUAAAAUUCCGUAGUUACCAAGCAAUCAAUUAUUAUUACAACAUUAUUAUGUACAGUGUAAAUAUCAUUGCUAACACACGGCAUCUUAUGUAUUCGACAAAUAAAUUAUAAUUAAACAACUCUA